CCGAGCACCGAGUCCGACCCGGCGACCCGAGCCGAACGCCGGGCUCCCAGCUUCGCCUUGCGCACCACUGCACCAGCGUCGUCUCUCUCACCACGCCCCGCCCACGGCCACGGCACCCACACCCGCAAACCAGCCAAACCCGAACGCCCUCCUCAAAAUUUCCCCAAUCCCCGCCUACCCCAAACCCUAACCCUAGCCCGCCCCGGCCGGCCCGCCAUGGACGGCGACGCCUCGCCGCCGCCGGCGCACGCGCACGCGGCCCCUCCUCCUCCUCGCACCGCCCCGGCUCCCGCCGCCCCAUCGCAGCGGGACAUGUCGGCGUCGCCCACCAGCUCGCGCUCCGUGACGGAGACGGUGAACGGCUCCCACCGCUUCGUGAUCCAGGGCUACUCGCUCGCCAAGGGCAUGGGCUUCGGAAAGCACAUCGCCAGCGAGACCUUCUCCGUGGGCGGGUACCAGUGGGCGGUCUACUUCUACCCCGACGGGAAGAACCCCGAGGACAACUCUGCCUACGUCUCCGUCUUCAUUGCGCUCGCCUCCGAGGGCACCGACGUCCGCGCGCUCUUCGAACUCACGCUCCUCGACCAGAGCGGAAAGGGCAAGCACAAGGUCCACUCCCACUUCGACCGCUCCCUCGAGUCCGGGCCGUACACCCUCAAGUACCGCGGUUCCAUGUGGGGUUACAAAAGGUUCUUUCGACGAACUGCUCUUGAGACAUCAGACUUUCUUAAAGACGAUUGCCUGAAGAUAAAUUGCACUGUGGGUGUUGUGGUGUCAACUAUUGAUUACUCCAGACCACACUCUAUCCACGUUCCAGACUCAGACAUUGGCUACCAUUUUGGUUCGCUGUUGGACAAUCAGGAGGGUGUUGAUGUUAUUCUUAAUGUGGGAGGAGAGAGGUUUCAUGCCCAUAAGUUGGUGUUGGCUGCACGAUCUCCUGUAUUCAGAUCUCAAUUUUUUGAUGAUGAGUCGGAUGGAGAGAAAAGCGAGGUUGAUGAGAGUGAUGAACUGAAAGAGUUUGUUAUUGAUGAUAUGGAGCCAAAGGUUUUCAAGGCGAUGCUUCAUUUCAUCUAUAGAGAUACCCUUGUUGAUGAUAACGAGUUGGGUGCAUCAAGCUCUGAUGGUUCUAUCUUCGAUACUCUGGCAGCAAAGUUGUUGGCUGCAGCAGACAAGUAUGACUUAGCAAGGCUAAGAUUGCUAUGUGAAUCUUACCUAUGCAAGGGCGUUUCUGUGACCUCAGUUGCAAGUACGCUAGCAUUGGCUGAUCGUCACCGUGCUAUGGAGCUUAAAGCUGUUUGCCUAAAAUUUGCUGCAGAAAACCUUUCAGGAAUUCAGUAAGAGGUAUUGCAGGCAUGCAGCUAUGCAUUAGUGUUAUGGUUUUCAAUAGCAUUGCGCUUGUUCUACACUUAGUACAGUAACAAGCUGAAUUAUGACUAGAAGAUAGCUACUCAAGUAGAUUUUUAUUUCUAGGGAGCAGUUAUAACCAAUAUUGUUCGGUUGAAUGAAGCAUAAUGCUGGACUGCAACAUGUUGUCAUUAGCAGAUUUUUGAUGUGACAAAUAUGGAUUGCUAGAUUACAAUAGCUAUUGUACGUAUGCCAAUGGAGACAGAGGGUUAGGUGAAUGAAUAUCUAGUUUCCUUAUCAGCACAAUUUUUUUUGCUACUGUUGCCUUAUCAUUGUUUAAAUUCUGUUAAGCUAUCUAUUAUAGUAUUUGGUAAUUACAUAUUUUUCCGCAAUACUACCAAGAAAAUUAUUGCUUCCACAUACCAUCGUAUGACCUUUUGGUUGCUUUAUUUGUGCAAUUAAGUUUGUGACGCUCCUGGUGCAAUUAAGUUUAUAAAGCUCCAUAACA